UUCAUAGGUUUCAAAAAGUUUAUCGUUCAUAUAAAAGCUCUCUAAAUUCAUCUCCUUUGCGCUUCAAUUUCAGUAACAACAAACAUCAAACUUGAAAUCAGCUUGACUGAUGGAGAAGAAGCAAAGCAAAGUAGUGGGCACGACCAAGCUUCAAAUCAGUGAAGAAGGGGUGUCUCACUUAGUUGGCAGUAUAAUCGAGAAGGGCAUCUCGGAUAAGCCUCAAAGCAAGUCUUUUUCACCCACUCCAGCCCCUAAACCCACUGUUUUACCUUUUCCCGUCGCGCGCCACCGCUCUCACGGACCGCAUUGGGGUCCAGUAGGUAGUAAUAGAGGUAGCAAUUAUGUUAAUGAAGACAAUGAAGAUGAUGAAGAUAAUGACAUUAGUGAUGCGUUCCCAAUGGCAGCUUUUGCUAAUCCAGUACACAGGAAAAGCAAAAAAGAUUUAGAUUUAAGCAGGUGGAGAGAGCUAAUAACAAGCGAGUCUGGUGGGAAAAUAGAAGAAAGAGGGUCAAGCUUCGGCAAUAUCAAAAGAAAAAGCAAGGAUGGUAAAGAAACCAAAAUCGAUAAUGGGAGAAACAUAUCAUGUGGCCCAUCUUCAGCUGACAAGGAUGUGGUUGUUCCUGUGGAAAUGGAUGUCUGGACAGAUUUGAAUUCUCGUGUGCCACUAGAUAAACCUAAAAAUGUUGUCACAAGUUCUUCAGGUUUUGAAUUGCUUGAUUCAGCUGCUGACAUGGAAUUAGAUAACGUUAAUCAACUAAAUCAUCCUGAGAAUUUGAAAGAAGAAAGCACUGGUGUGAUGCCCUCAAACAGCCAACUUGGUGUGGAAUUAAUGUCACAUGAUGAUUUUGGAGCACAUUUUGAGAAAAAGGAUCAUGCAUUACAAGGGGUGGUGCUGAAGAAGAGGGACAAAAAAUCUUCAAGUUCAACUAAAGAUUUUAGUUCCAGGUCUAAUAACAUUGGAAAUGAGCGAGAGCCCAUGUCUCUUGAAAGUGAGAUUGAUACAGAGAAUCGUGCCUGGUUGCAGAGUAUGUCACCUGAUGAGAUUGCACAAGCACAGGCUGAGAUAAUGGAGAAGAUGGAUCCUGCAUUAUUAAAUCUACUAAAAAGACGGGGUAAUGAUAAGUUGAAAAAGCAAAAGUGCUCAAGCUCAGUUCUGGCUACCAAUAGUGAAGCUGUUGCUAUUGUGGAAGAGAAUCAGUCUAUCCAGGACGCUAAAGGUUCUCUGCGAUUUGAGGGGGAUCUCUCUCACUCACAGAGAAGGCAAGACAAUGGAUUGAUCCAAAAUACAGGCCAAGCUGUUGGCACUUUGUGGAAGGCUUGGACUGGGAGAGUUGAGGCUGUCAGGGAAUUAAGAUUUUCCUUGGAUGGGUCUGUCAUUUCAUAUGAUUUUGACCCAAAAUCUGAGAGUGGCGAUAAUUCUGCUCAAAAUAAGCUUAGUGCUGAUAAUGUUUCUGAACGUGACUACCUUCGGACUGAGGGUGACCCUGGUGCUGCAGGUUACACAAUCAAUGAAGCUGUGGCGCUCACUAGAAGUGCUGUACCUGGACAACGGGCCUUUGCAUUGCAUCUCCUUGCAUCUGUGCUUGAUAAGGCAUUAUACAAUAUUUGUGAAAAUCAAGCUAGGUAUGCCUUGAGAUAUGAUAAUAAAGUUGAAGGAACUAUUGAUUGGGAAGCUGUUUGGGCUUAUGCACUUGGCCCUGAACCUGAGCUUGCAUUAUCAUUAAGGAUGUCACUUGAUGACAACCACAAUAAUGUAGUUUUAGCAUGUCUCAAAGUUAUUCAGUGCACUCUCAGCUGUGACGUAAAUGAAUACUUCUUUGAUAUCUCAGAGAAAAUAUCAAUUAUUGGGAAGGAUAUCUUCACUGCCCCAGUGUUUCGAAGCAAACCGGAUAUUAAUCUUGGUUUCCUUGGUGGUGGAUAUUGGAAGUACAGUGCAAAGCCUUCUAACAUUCUUGUCUUUGGUGAGGAAAUCAUGGAUGAUGAGAAUGAAGGGAAGCAUACAAUUCAGGAUGAUAUUGCUGUUGCUGGACAGGAUUUUGCCGCAGGAUUGGUUAGAAUGGGAAUCCUCCCCAGGCUUUGCUUCAUAUUGGAGACAGGCCCUACAGUCGCUAUGGAAGAAUGCAUAAUUUCUAUACUUAUUGCAAUAACGAGGCAUUCACCUACAUGUGCAAAUGCAAUCAUGAAUUGUGAAAGGCUUGUCCAAACAGUCGUCCACAGAUUUACCUUGAAUAACAUUGCUGAAGUUCAACCUUCCAAGAUUAAAUCUGUAUGCCUUCUGAAGGUGUUGGCUCGGUCUAACAAGAAGAAUUGUACGGAGUUUGUAAAGAAUGGGAUUUUCCAGUCUACAACAUGGCAUUUGUACCGAUCAGUUUCCUCGGUUUAUGAAUGGGUAAAGUUGGGAAAGGAAAACUGUAAAUCUUUAUCUGGUUUGAUGGUUGAACAACUCCGGUUUUGGAAGGUCUGCAUUCAGAAUGGAUAUGGUGUAUCUUAUUUUCCAGAUAUCUUUCCUGCCCUUUGCCUGUGGUUGAAUCCACCUUCUUUUGAAAAACUUAUUGAGAGUAAUGUUCUUAGUGAAUUUACUUCCAUCUCAAUGGAAGUCUACCUUGUUCUCGAGGCUUUGGCGGCAAGACUUCCAAAAUUCUAUUCACAGGAGCAAUCAGAUUGUGGUGAUGGUGAUAUGGAGACCUGGUCUUGGAGUCAUGUUAGUCCACUGAUUGAUACAGCGGUGAAGUGGUUAGUAGUGAAGAGAGAUCUGUGCAUAUCGAAAUUUUUCGAGGGGCAGAAACUAAUCACAAGUGAGUUUGACUUACGAGAUUCAUCUGCAUCUCCCUUGGUGUGGGUGUACUCUGCUAUCAUGCUUUUCCUUAAUAGAGUUCUUGAAAGAGUAAGCCCAGAGGAUAGCAUCAAUCUGCAAGGGAGUGGCAAGCAUUUGCCCUGGUUGCCGGAAUUUGUUCCUAAGAUUGGACUUGAAAUUGUUAAGAAUGGGUUUUUUGGCUUUCUGGAUGCAUAUGGCACCGGAUAUGGAACUCAUUUUGCUCAAGGAAUCUCUUUUGUUGAAGAAUUAUGUCAUUUGAGGCGCCAAGUUGAAUAUGAAACAUCAUUAGCUUCUGUAUCAUGCCUUCAUGGACUAGUCCAACUUGUUGUUUCCAUUGAUAACUUGAUCCAGUUAGCUAAGCCUGGGGUCCGUAAUCCUACUUUUCAAGGAUACAAUCUCUCUAGAGAUGAAAAUAUACUUGAGGAUGGGAUACUGACGGGAUCUCAGGUUGAAUUGAAUUGUGUGUUGAGAAUUUUUAUGGAGUUGGUUGCAUCGGAGUGGAAGUUUGUGCAGUGCAUUGAAAUAUUUGGUAGAGGUGGCCCAGCUCCAGGUGUGGGACAUGGCUGGGGUGCUUCUGGUGGAGGAUUUUGGUCUUCUACUGUUUUGUUAGCACAAAUGGAUGCACGAUUUCUUAUUCACUUGCUUGGAUUCUUUCAAAUGGUAUCUGUCUCAGAUUUACCCACGGAUGAAGAGAUGACUUUUGCUGUACAAAUUAUUAAUUCUACCUUAGGAUUAUGUUUAACUGCUGGACCAAGAGAUAAAAUAAUUGUGGAGAAAGCAUUAGAGAUUUUGUUUCAAGUCCCUGUUUUGAAGUUCCUGGAUCUCUGCAUUCGACGUUUUCAAGCUAAUAAAAGAAUGAAAUUAUUUGGGUGGGAAUAUAAAGAAGAGGACUACAUGCUCUUCAGCAAAAUAUUAGUUUCGCACUUCAAAAAUAGGUGGUUGGGUUCUAAGAGAAAAUCGAAAGCCAUUGUUGAAAACAGUAGUUCUGGCAGUAAAACAUUUAAGAAGGGUAGUGUAGCUCUGGACACCAUACCUGAGGACUUAGAUCCGUCAAAUAUUAUGAGUCAAGAUCAUUGCUGUACCUCUUUAGCAGUAGAGUGGGCUCGUCAGAGUUUGCCACUUCCCAUGCAUUGGUUCCUCAGUCCUAUUGCAACCAUCAGUUCUGGUGAACAUGCUGGUCUUCAAAGUGCUUCUAUGGUGCUAAAUGUUGUGCAGGAACCUGAUGUGCUUGAAAUUGCUAAAUUUGGACUUUUUUUUCUUCUGGGCAUUGAAGCUAUGGCCACCUUCUUAUCCACUAAAGUCCCCUCCCCUGUUCAGAGUGUGGCGUUAUUUUGGAAAUUGCAUUCUUUAUCUGUGAUAUUACUUGCUGGAAUGGGUGUGCUUGAAGAUGAGAAGAGUAGAGAUGUUUUUGAAGCAUUACAAGAGCAUUAUGGGAGGUUGCUGGAUGAGGCAUGGGCUAGCAAAUUCAGUGAACUCAUUCCAGACGUAAAUAUGAAUUUAUUGCAGACCAGAGAGAAUUGUAAUGUAGAGCUACUGAGGUUUCAGUCAGAAAUUCAUGAGAGUUACUCAACAUAUGUAGAAACUCUUGUAGAACAGUUUGCUGCUGUAUCUUAUGGUGAUCUGCUUUAUGGCCGUCAAGUUGGAGUAUAUUUACACCGUUGUGUCGAAGCUCCUGUGCGCCUUGCUGCUUGGAAUUCACUGUCUAGUGCUCGUGUUCUUGAACUUCUGCCACCUCUUGAGAAUUGCUAUGCUAAGGCUGAAGGGUACCUUGAACCUGAAGAGGAUAAUGAAGAAAUUUUGGAAGCAUAUGUGAAGUCAUGGACUUCUGGUGCCCUUGACAGAGCUGCAACUCGAAAAUCAAUGGCAUUUACACUGGUCCUGCACCACCUUUCAUCUUUCAUAUUCCUCUUGCAUGCCAGUGGUAAGUUAUUACUACAGAAUAAGCUUGUAAAGUCUCUUCUGCGAGACUACUCCCGACAGAGGCAACAUGAGAGGAUGAUGUUCAACCUUAUACGACAUAACAAACCAUCUCAAAUGCAUGAUCAAGAAGGAGAUUCAUCGCUGGAUCAGAGCAAUAUAGAUAAAAGAUUUGAGAUACUAACAGAAGCUUGUGAAGGAAACUUCAAGCUCAAGUCCAGUGUAAAAAGUAGUUCAUUGUGA